UGUUCAACAGCAUCCCAUGAGGUCCGUAUUAACAGCUUUAAACGGUCCUUCCAACAAUGGGCGUGUGAACAAGAGGUCGUGCAUCCCCAUGAUGUUUUCUCCCCUGUCACCAUGAUGAUCAGUGAGCUUCAGACGUUGGUCAGGCAGCAGGAACGGAAUAAGCAAAGGUAUCUGCUGAAAGAAGUGUAACAAAGUGAUCGACCGAACAUUUGAUAUCGGUACCUAAUGAGGAGGUGCUCCAAGAUCAGCGACAACGCAGAAUCGACGCAGACAUGACAUCCUUGACAAACCUACUUUAUACCAUCGUGUGUUUCCUUUUGGAAGCCUUGGAGGUAACAGUGCCCGUUCAGACAAAUAUAGCUCAAGGCAAACCAACCAUUCAGUCAAGCACGUACUACAGUUUUGCUUCAUUCUAUGCUGUGGAUGGUGUAACAGGUGGAAACCUCAAUACUGACGGCUGUAUGCACACACGUGGUGGUCACGUCUGGUGGAUGGUGGACCUUCUUCAUGUGUACAAUAUUUCGAGGAUCACUGUUUUCAGGAGAACAGGUUCCCUGGGUCGCCCAGAUCUUUUUAAAAUCGUCGGCUUUGAUCUGCAUCCUACACUCUGUCCUCUGUCAUCCCCGAAAGUCUGCGUCAACCAACUCGGCAGUUUCACAGGUCCAUCAAAGACUGUGUCUUGUGAACAGGAGGUCAUGGCCAGAUAUGUAAAAGUUUCCUCCUCUACUCACAUGAUGAUGUGUGAGAUGCAAGUGUUUGGACAGAAUAUAGGUGGAUGCUUGAGGAAUAAGUUACAAGUGAAAGAAGGCCACAAACUGGAUGACUCCUCUAUCACCAUGCUACGUGGUAAUGCCUCAAGUCUCGUGGAGUGCAGCAUCAACUGUUACAGACUCCACAACUGUCUGUUCUUCAACUUCAACAGACUGACUGGAGAAUGUCAGACAGGAAGUGGCCAGGAAACUUCCGCUUCUUCCUCGGGAGCUGGCUGGGUCUUCGGCACAUUUUGUUAAAGGGUUGUUUGUCCUACCUCUUUUCGAUAUGUGUCCAUAUGUUAUGUGUAUGAUCUGGGCAGGAGAGGCGUGUGACUACUGAAUUUUGUCAGAUUUGGAACUUAUACAAUCCAACAUCAAAUUAAAAUCUCAAACGAUGUUAUAUAUAUGAUUGUGAUUAUUAAUAUGUUCAAUGAAGUUAUACAGGCCAUAUGUAUAUGAACAGAUGUUUAAUAAGUCAUGGAGAAACAUGGUAUUCAACAUACCUAUAGACAUUCAUUAUAUGGACGAUAAAAAUGCUUGUGUUCUUAUGUGUAUCUUAUAAACAUAUCUAAACACUUUCUCUGAUUUUAGAGAUGAAUGUAGACCUUGUGACUUUGCUCAGGCCUUAGGAGUCUUCAGAAAAAUAACCUGAAACUUUCACAGUUCUUAUCUACACAUUUUUGUAUUACCGCGUUCGUGAAAUGGCAAAAUGCAAACACUAAGUUGAUCAAGGUCAGAUAUUCAAGUACUGAUCAAUGUCGUUGCGAUAGGUUGUUGUCGCUCUUUAUUGCACGGCCUAUUCCUACACCUGUAUCCAAAAUUCUAUACGUUCUCAAAUCUCCAAAUUGGACCCGUUUGCCGACACAGCUUCGUUUCGGAAAUGAUGACGCCAGCUUCAAUUCUAGAUCUCUUAUCACGAAGCACAUUUUUCGGUUUCAGUUGUCAUGUCGACUGGUAUUUUUAUCUUACCAAUUGUUUCAAUCAUAAGAGAAAAGUGUGAAGUGAUUGGGCGUCUAUUACAAGACUCAAAAGAAAUGUAUGGUGACCAAUGGGUCCAGCGUAUGUACAGUAAUAGAAUUAAGAUUAAAUAUACUGGAUGAUCACUUCUUUAAUUUCAGUAAUCUUAGUUGAUAUAGCAUCAGAUUAAAAAACAUUUUUAGUUAGAAACGAAUCUCAAUAAUCAUCAAACGUGACAAAAGACAUUUCCAUUAUAAAAAAAUCUUUAUCACUGUCCAGAGUACGAUUCCUACCAAAUCAUAGUAUGUAUUAAUGAAAUGCUAUCAAAUA